UUUCGUUAUAUACACACACUCUCAUUCAACUACUUUUAAUACUCACACUCACACAAACAAAACACCAUAGAAGAAUCUUGAGAUUUUCUUCCUUUUAUGAAAAAAAUCACAAAGGAAAAGUUAUAAAGAAAGCUUGUAAUAGAAUCAUCAUCACCGUUUGAAAUUAAGCUUUAUAAUUUCUUCAGCUUUUUUGCCACUUACCUUACCAUAACCAUAGCCAUAACAUAACCACCAACAACACCCCACGCACGAUGUUAAAAGCACUUUCCAUAACACUUUAUUCUCCUAUCUCUUUCUACCAAUUCCAUUUCCUCACAUUUUAAUACUAUUUAUUGCUUAUUUACUACCUCCCCUUUUCAUUUUCACCCCUUUUAAUGUCUUUUUAGUAGUAGAUUUUUUCAUUCCAAAACCCUCUCUCUCUCUCUCACUCUCACUCUUCAAUCUUCACCAACAAGUUUCUCAUUUAUUCCUUCACUUAAAUAAAAUCUCUACCUAUUUCUUUCCCCAAAAACACAUAGUUUCAGUUUCACUCACAAGAAAAACAUACACACCAUGAAUCAACAACAACAACAUAGUAUGAAUAUCCUAUGUAAAACCACAGUACACGAAAGUGUUACUAAGAAAUACAUAAAACCGAAGAGAAACAUCAAUGCAAGAAACAACACCAACAACAAAAACUCUAUUCAAACCGAAUUACCGAAAGUGAUUCGCGUAAUAGCAACUGAUCCAGAUGCUACUGAUACUGAUUCAUCCAGUGAUGAAUCAGUAUCACAGUUUUCCAACCCUCGGAGAAUCAGAAUCAAACAGUAUGUCAACAAAAUUGAAAUCGAAACCGUCGCUUCGACGGUUUCGGCCUCGACAGUUUCCCGAAACAAGAAAAGAUCAGAACUUAAGUCUUCCCGGAGACCGGCGAAGGUACAAGCCAUCACUGGAGACGAGAGAAAAUUCCGAGGUGUACGGAUGAGGCCGUGGGGAAAAUGGGCUGCGGAGAUUCGAGAUCCUGCCAGCCGUGUACGAUUGUGGCUGGGAACUUUCAGCACCGCAGAAGAAGCUGCUAAGGUUUACGAUGCUGCAGCUAUUAAGUUUCGUGGUAAGGACGCUGUCACCAACUUUUCAAUGGUUGAGGAGAAUGUUGAAAAAGAUGAAGUUGUUAACAGAACGACGACAAUGAAGGUUGAAGAAAUCAAAACCGAAAUUUCCGUUUCCGGCGAAGAUUCCGGCGAUGAGUUUGUUAAUCUUUCUUCUCCAACUUCUGUUCUCCGGUUCAGACAUGAUGAGAUUCAUGAAUCAAAUAAACCGGUUGAACCAGUUAUUGAAGAUGAACCGGUCGAACCAAACGAACCGGUUGGUGAAUGUGAACCGAGUUUUUUUGACGAAACUAAUGAGAUAUUCCGACAGGAAAUGGAGGACGUGUUUAAUUUUCCAACAACUUCUGAUUACUAUUACUCAAACAUGUUUGAAGAAGCUCCUAUGCAAUUUGUUCAUGAAACGACACCGGUUCUGUUUAAUGAGUGUCGUUUCAGUGAUCACGUGGAAAUUAAUAAAACGCACUCACCAUCAUCACCAUCAUCAUCAGCUUUAUGUGAAGGGGAUGAUUUUCUGGAUGACAUUUUGUUAGGUUUAGAGCCUCUCAUUGCGCUUUGAAACAGUGAAAGAGAAAGCAGUUACUCUCAUGAAUCAUGAUAUCAUCACUUUCACAAGAUAAAGUCGUCAUUGACUGUUGAUUUUCUCAGCAGAUUUUGAUUCAGGUGGCAACAAAAUUCCAAAAAAAAAAAAAGAAA